AUUUAUUUAUUUAGCUGGAAAACCAUUUAUUGAAUUAAGUCUUUUUAAAAGUCAAUCAGUCAGAUCAAAUACAAUACACAUCAAAUAUUUUAAAUUAUUAAUACAAGAAUUUUUUAUUUGUGUUGAUCAAGGUUUAAUUGUAGCUAUUCUUGCUUUUGUUAAACAACAAAAGGAUCUAGCAGCACCUACAGUUGAUAUGAAUCCGGAUCUUAAACGUAUUGAUAAACCAUUAGAAACAUUAUUUAAAGGUGAAACAGAUAAUGCAUCUGGAGAAUCAAAAAUUUAUUUUGAUAAUCUACAUUUAUCUCCACUUAAGAUUCAUGUAAGUUUUUCAAUGCAUGGUGCAAAAGCAAGUGAACAAUUAUUAGCUGAAUAUCCAAUGGUUGAUUUCUUAUUACAAAUCUUAAAUGUAGCAGAAGUUCAAGAUGUUAUAUUAAAAUUAAAUUUUUAUGAACGAAAAAAUGAUCGAUAUACAAUAACAAAAUUAACAAAAGAAAUUAGUGAUCAUUAUGAAAAUCAAUUUUUAAAACAACUUCAUGUUGUUGUUCUUGGUCUUGAUGUUCUUGGAAAUCCAUUUGGAGUUAUUCGUGGAGUUGCAGAAGGUGUUGAAUCAUUUUUUUAUGAACCAUAUAAAGGAGCAAUGGAAGGUCCUAUUGAAUUUAUUGAAGGUAUUGCAACAGGUAGUAGAUAUUUAUUUGGUUCUGUUGUUGGUGGUACUGCUGGUGCAGUUUCAAAAGUAACUGAAGCAACAAGUAAAGGUUUAGCUACAUUAACAUUAGAUAAAGAUUAUCAAAAUGCAAGAAUUCAAAGAAAAGAAUAUCAAUCUCAAGCAACAUCUGAUAUUGUUGCAAGUGGAAAAAAUGCAAUUAAGGAUGUUGUAUUAGGUGUUAAAGGUGUUGUUAAAAAACCAGUUAAAGGUGCAAAAAAAUCUGGUGGAAAAGGUUUUGUUAAAGGUUUAGGUAAAGGUUUACUUGGUCUUGUUGGAAGACCUGCAAGUGGUGUUGCAUAUUUAACAAGUUCAUCAUUUAAAUUAAUUAAAAGAGUUGCAGCACAUGAAGAAAUAAUUCAUCGAGUUCGUAAUCCACGUCAUGUUGGAAAAGAUGGAAUUGUUCGACCGUCAGUUGCUCAUGAAACCUUGGGAUCCUUUAUAUUUGAUCAAUUUCCUGAUGAUAAACAUCACACUACUGAAGGUUAUAUUGCACAUAUAAAUGCUACCAAAGAACCAUCUACUUUAUUUUUUACUACAACAAAACGAAUAUUAUUUUUAAUUGAAAAUAAAUCUUCAUCAUUUGGUUAUGAUAUUGAAUGGGAUUAUCAUUUAAAAGAAAUAAAAGGAACACCAAUUGUCAAAUUUGAUUCAAAUUUGAUUGAAAUAACUUUAAAAGAAACAAAUGUACUUGGUAUGACAAAAAAAGAUAGUUUACAUAUAAAAGUUGUUCCAUAUGAAAAUAUUGGUGAAGCAAUAUAUAUUGUCGAUAAAAUUAUUGAAACAAUGAAAGCAUUGGAAGUAUAA